ACCAAGUGUAUUGAGGAUUGAAUGCAAACUUAUAGUAAAUCGUUCUUUAUCUAAUACGAUUUACUGACAUAUUGCGUUCAACAACACACUAUGUGUAUUUGUGCGUGUAAAAAAAUCAACAUAGAGAAGUUUUAAUCAUAGGGCAAACAAGGCAAAAGAUGAAGCAUGUACAUCUAUGUUUAUGUUUUCUAAUCACAUUGUCAUGGAUAUCAAAUACAGUUGGUCUUCAGUGUCCAUCCUGUACAUACCUUACCUCCAACGCUGAUGUACCAGCCCCGGUUAGAUCUGUAAUAGAUGGGAUACUCAACAUAUUCCAGGACCCGGAAUGUGCCCAGGAACUUAAAGGACCAAUACCAGAGAUAGAGGAGGAGAUAUGUGAGGAGAUCCCUAAGCAAAAAUCAAGAUGUAGCUUCUACAAAGGUUCAGUCACUAUAACAAUAGCUUUGCCGAUAGUGCCUGUUAUCAAUAUACCAUUACAAAUGUACCAAAGGGGAUGUCACCACUUCAAAGAGGCAAAUGUUCCUACAAACGGUUGCCAUGACAGAGACAACAUCAAUGAAGAUAAAACAUUUAUCAAACAAAUUCUAGACAAAGCUUCUUCCACAUUUGAAAGUUACGAGGUGGCAAAAUUUACAGGAAAAAUGUGUCUGUGUACAGACACUUAUUGUAGAGAAACUUCCGGUGUAAGUGAAUGCGCCAAAAUGAACUCUUCAUUGCUAUUGUUAUUGCUAUUGGUCUUUGGACUGGUUUAUUCUGUUUAAUAUUUAUGUGUAUGACAUGUUACUUGCUGUCGAGUGCGUGAAGUUUUUAAAUAGUUGCACUUUUUUGUUUUGAAUUUGGACAUCACUGUCGGUACUUUAAAGGAAAACUCAUCGUUCUUCCUGUGUAAACGAAGUCUUUUUGAAAUAAUGACUAAAACACUGAAUGCGGCUCAAAGACCAUUUAAAUAAAAUGAAUCUCGAUCGCGACAAGCGUAAUUAAUUCUAAUUUGCAAGAUAUAUCAAACAGCUGUUCUUCCACUCAGUAUUCAGAAAGCAGGCAAAAAUAAUGUUGAUCAUUGUGUUAUGUGUGCGAUGAAUGUACAACAAAUCCGGCUUUACUGGAUGUUAAGAAGACAAUUCAUUAAUUUUCACACGGACGGGCAUCUUGAUUAAACCACCAUCAUCUCAUUACCUGAAAUAGCGACAAAGCAAUCACAGUCGAUCCUUUGUGUCCGUGUCUGCACAUUGUUCGUAACAUUAUGAUAGCCUUAUAUUACUUUUUUUAUUUUUAGGAUUUAUGUUAUGUAUACUUCAUUUAAAUUUCUGAUAUCAACAAACAAAUGCAAAAAAAAAACAAAUAAUUGAGCCGUGCCAUGGGAAAACCAACAUAGUGGGUGUGCGACCAGCAUGGAUCCAGACCAGCCUGCGCAUCCGCGCAGUCUGGUCAGGAUUCAUGCUGUUCGCUAACAGUUUCUUCUAUUCCAAUAGGCUUUAAAAGCGAACAGCAUGGAGCCUGACCAGACUGCGCGGAUGCGCAGGCUGGUCUGGAUCCAUGCUGGUCGCAUACCCACUAUGUUGGUUUUCUCAUGGCACGGCUCAUAUUACGUUUUCGAUUUUGUUUCAGUAUAUUCAAUGUGUAAUUACAAAUUGCCAAGUAACCAAUAUAAAUGUAAAGCAGCUUUCUUUUUUCCAUUGUUUUAUAAGUGCUUCCUAUAUACCUUUUGAUUAUUGAUACAGCUUCUUCAAUAUUACUUAUAUUUCUCUUAUAUUAUGUACUUUGUUUUAAGUGAUUUGAAUUUGGUCAGAUAUGUGAUUUGUCGCUUUAGAUCUGUGUCGAUCUUAAGCAUUUUCUAAUUAUGUAGACACAAUAAGAUAUUUAUUUAUCAUUUAUACACAAUCGGAUGGCCACACUGUAUGAUAAAUAUUAUGACACAUUAAACCGAUAUUUCGUAAAAUGCGCGCAAAAAUUAUAUAUUAGUAUAUUGUACAAAAAAAAAAUUAAGUAGUGAAUAGACCUUAGAAACUAGCACUGAAGAAUAUUAUUGCACUAAAAUGACAGAACUUCUAAAAGAGUGAUAAUAUAUAUACUUGUAAUAUGCAUCAUUUCAAACAAUAAGAAUUAUGUGUGGUAAAAUCUUUACAUAUAAUAAAUUUAAAACUGUUUUAAUCAUCAAAAUAUCCACAUAUUUGCUGUGUUAUUAUGAUAUCUUAUUUCAUAUUAUUCCCAUUUUUAGAUCAUGUUAUAAAUGUGUAACAAGUUAACAGGUGACAUAUAGGCCCAUUGGGCCGGGUGUUGUGAAUGUUGAUCAUUUAUUGUAAUUUAUCAGCAACUACUAUGCAAAGUACCUGAUAUCACUUGCCUGAUAUUUUAUUUUGUUAUCAGGUCAUUGACCUGAUAUCAAAAUUAAGCUCCUCCCAUAUUGACGGACUAGUUUUUACAUCAGUUUCCUUCCAGAUUGAAUUUUAUUACAGAAUCCAGUUUCGAUGUUGCACAACUUUUUUUCUAAAUAGAUUCUGUAAUCUCAACAAAUUUCCUUGAAUAUGCUUGUCUCUAAUUUUAUCACACAGACAAUAGCACUGAAUGACGUCAUUGUGAAACGUUCAUUAUGACAUCACAAUGUUUACCUGGAUCGAUUCUUGGAAAGGUUUACAAUACACUGGACAAUGUAUACUUAUUCUUGAUUUAUGCCUAACUUAAGGCAUGGACAUUUUAUUAAUUAUUAGCAAAAGUUUUUGUGUUAAUUAUCAUUCUUGGAUCAGUAAAUUAUAAUACAUGGAUCGAUUCUUUGAAAGGUUUACAAUACACUUUACAAUGUAUGAUAUACUUAUUCUUGAUUUAUGCCUCAUUUAAGGCAUGCACAUUUUAUUAAGUAUUAGCAAAAGUGUUUGUGUUAAUUAUUAUUCUUGAAUCAGUUAAUUAUAAUUCUUGGAUCAGUGUAAAUUUAGUGAUUUUAAAAAAAAGUCUGGAACUGGAAGUGAAAUUUUCAGCGCUUUGGACAUGUAGUUGUCUGAGUCAAAUGUUGUAUGAUAUGGAAAUAAAGCAUGUUCUGGUUUAUUCAUGAGGAUGAUUUUUGAUUUUUAUGCAGGUAAGAAAUUAUUUCAUUCUUAUUUUUUUUACAAGAAUAUCAGAAAGUCAAAAACAUUGUCGGAGUUGAAUUCAAUAUAGCUGCCGUAUUUGUUUCGUUCAGAUGUUUCAGGCGCGGAUGAAUUUUCAAAUCCGUAAAAUAUAAAUUUAGUUUUUUGCUUCAGAAGACAUUUUUUACAAAAUAAGAGAUAAAGACAUAUGUUUUUCUAGGCAGUUUGUAUGAGUUUCAUGAUAAAUAGAAUAACAAGCUACUGUCUUUUGAUAUCAGUGUUAUCAGGUCUCGGCUGAUAUGGGCGGAAGGGGUUCGGUUCCCUCACCCCUUCCAGCCCAUAUCAGCCUCGACCUGAUAACAUUGAUAUCAAAAGUUCGGUUCCCUCACCCCUUCCAGCCCAUAUCAGCCUCGACCUGAUAACAUUGAUAUCAAAAGUUCGGUUCCCUCACCCCUUCCAGCCCAUAUCAGCCGCGACCUGAUAACAUUGAUAUCAAAAGACAGUAGCCUGUUAUUCUCUAUAUGUAUGUACUGUAUAUAACACAUGUCACGUUAAUAAACAAUUUACUUACUUACUUACUUACUUAUAUCGAUAGAAGUCAUAUUUGAAAUUGAGAUAGUUCGGUUAAUAAACAUUACAAUAAAUGUUUCAAACGCAAAAACAGUAAAACGAUUCUUAACGACAAUAAUUAGGUCACACAGGUGAAGGUAAUAUUAAAUGGACAAAGAACAUCUUAUACAUAAUAUUGAGUCGUGCCAUGGGAAAACCAACAUAGUGGCUUUGCGACCAGCAUGGAUCCAGACCAGAUCCAUGCUGUUCGCUAUCGGUUUCGCUAAUUGCAAUAUGCUUUGAAAGCGAACAACAUGGAUCCUGAUGCGCAGUCUGGUCUGGAUCCAUGCUGGUCGCAAAGCCACUAUGUUGGUUUCUCAUGGCGCGGCUCAAUAACAAGGAUUGUGUGUACAGUCAACACAAAAUAUAUUAACAUGUAGUAUCAAACAUUCUUUAAAAGGCAAAAUCUCGAAAGCAAUCGGUAUAUCUUUUAAUGAUACAAUAAUUACUAAAGAUAAAAAAGAUCUUGUUUAUUAUAUGCUUUCUCAGGAUCCAGAUCGCUCCGUCUGAAUACAUUUAUUGACAAUAGCUACAUGUUGAACGUUUUGAGAAGGAUACCAUUUUAUUGGACGUAUUUAAUCCGAUGCUCCGAAUUACAAAGCAAGCUAUACUAUUUGUAUAUAUGUACUAUUUGUAUAUAUGUACUAUUUGUAUAUAUACUAUUUGUAUAUAUGUAUCUCCCUAAUAAAGUUGUUCUAUGUCAUGCUA